GCCCUCCAGGUCUUGACACAGGUUGCAUUACACUGUCGGGUGGGGCUUUUAUUUGGUAUCCACGCUACACCCACUCACUCUUCGCGUGAAGACGCACGAAGACAGUAGGUAUAUAAUCGGACGGUGUGCACCGCGGUCGCCAGCUGCUCCUCCAUCUCUCCAUCUCGCUCCUCGCUCUCCGACCGUCCGUCAUGUUUCGCUGUGGGAUCGCUUACCCCCGAUGCAGGUGGAUCGUGCCCCUGCUGCUGCUCUUCGCCAUUAUUUUUGACAUUAUCGCCAUCGCCGCCACAUCGGGAUGGGUGGAGGACGAGGACGGCAAGUCUGACUACGCCAAUAUGUGGGAGCGGUGCCGAGGCAGGAAUGACGACUGGGAUUGCAAGUCGCUCAUGGAGUUCUCUUGGGCUCAGGCUGUGGCUGCUCUGAUGAUCAUCGGCCUCAUCAUCCUCAUCAUCGCCUUCAUCAUCUCCUGUGUGGCUCUGUGCUGCUCGCUCAACAUCAGUCUUCUGCCCUUCAUAGGAGGACUGUUGAUUGUUGUUGUGAUUCUCCAGGUCAUCGCUCUGAUCGUCUACCCCGUCAAGUUCAACGAGCAGAUCUUCGAAGGUCACUAUUACUACACCUGGGCCUACGGCUUCGGCUGGGGCGCCACCAUCCUCUGCAUCGGCUGCGCCAUUCUCUUCUGCUGCCUGCCACGCUACGAGGAUGAGCUGACCGGCCUGGCCAAGACCAAAUACAUCUACUCCUCCGCUUAAAGACAAAACCUGCACACCCACCCAACUGCAGCCAUUUCCAGUUUUCACUCUGAGCGCGAUCUGCGCUGGCCAUUAAACAUUUUUACACUGUCCCAUUUCACCAAAGAUCCACGAUGGCUCGGCUCAGUUAGAUUUGGUUCAACGGUGGAAAACCCCUCCUCUACCAUCUGGGAAACAAGGGGUUGUUCUUACAGGAAGUGGACUGUGGAUUGGAUGUUACAUCUGCUUUGAUAUAUAGAUCCUAUAUAUAUAUUAGAUUAAGUAACCAUCAUAAAUGGUUUCUGCCAUAUUUUUUCACAUUCUGCAUUUGAGUAAAACAUAUUCCUCAUUUUAUCUGUACUUUUUUACCUGUAAUUCUCAAUGCAAGAUCACCCAAGUGCACUUAACCUAAGGGAUGUCAUUUAGUGUAAAGAAUAACCUUACCUUGAUUUAUCUUGCUAAAAUACUUGCACAGGAUGCAAAAGGAAUCGUUAAUCAUCAUCUGGUUUAGUCCUGUGCGUUAAAAUGAGCUUUUCUCAGUUCUUUCUUCGUGUGUCUUUUACUCUGUAUGUUGCUGUGCAGGUAAGAUGGAAGCAAAGGCUUGGACUGAGCAGCUGAAUGUAAUCUAUAUAUAUAUGGAGAUGUAUAUGUAGUUUAAUAGUCGUGUUUGCACCUUUUCAUGCAUUUUUUUUUUUUUUUUUUUUUUUGUUGAUAAUUCUCAUCUGCUGUUUCCAAGAAUUUUAUGUUCUUAUUGACUUAUUACCAAAGGGGUAUAACUGUGGGAGUUUGCUGUGCUGUCUUUGUAUCUGUUUUGAACACUACUAAAAAUAUACCACAUGAGUGGGCACAGCGGUGCGAUGGCUGAUAUGAUACCAAGGAAGCAGCAGUUGUUGCUUGUGUGUCACACUAAGCUGGAAGCUAAAUGUAGAUGAUUUUCCAUCGUCUCGCUCAGAAACUUUCUCGAGUACUGACUUUUUUUCAUAAUAUUUCCUUCUACAGGAAGUUUUUUUUUUUUUUUUUUUUUUUUUUUUUUUUUUUUUUUAAUUUGUGGCAAAAUUAUCAAGAAACCUGGAUCCAUCUUCUGUACGCAACAGUCCAAACUCAUGCGAGCUGCCUUGUUUAAUCAUGAUGUCAAAUGUCAAAGCAAAUUGGUUUAAAGGGAACAAUAUAAACGCAGAAGCUCAUGUCUCAUUGCCUCAAAGUAAGGGCAUUCAGAGAGAAGACUAAAAGAUUUUUCAUUAGAAUUCCUUGGAAAGACUUUCAGACACAGACACAUGUCCAAUCAUGUAUUUUCUAAAAGCAUUUGUAAUUUUCGAGCCAUUUGCUGUUUGAUGAGACACUUCUGACUUCUGUGUGUCAAACUUGUGCCUUAGAUCUUCAGUGUCGUGUCGUUGAAUCCUUCAGUGUUUUUAUCAAACUGGGCAGUCCGGUUUUCCUGACUCUUUAUUCUUAACAGUCAAAGUCCACAACCCAACCUAAGAUUUUAUUAUCUGACUUGGAGUCUUUCAAGUUGUUUAUGCAGCUAAUUGCUGCAUAAACAACUGCUGACAUAUACAGCACCAGUCAAGUGUGUCCCAAGCUUUUGACUGGUGCUGUAAGUUUCACCCGAGGAUGUAUAAGGACAGACUCAGGCAGGUUUACACUUGAAGAAACUGCCUGUUGUGUCUCAAAGUUGAGGUGAAAGACAUGUUUAUCUACAGGCCUAAUACUAUUUGCAGCGCCAGCUUUUUUUUUUUAAAUCAUCAUUAGUCACUGUGUGGGUAUAUACUGUUCUAUUGAGACUGUCUUAUUUACUUUCACCCACUGCUGGAAAUCACCCAGCUAUUUUUCUGCUGUAGUAUGAAUUGAUUAUUUUUGGUAGUCUGUGUAUUUUUAUUCAAUAAAGAGUUUCUUUUUUGAAGAGGUUA